AUUGUAUCAGAAUGCAAAAUUACAAGCCUUUUCUUUGUAACAUAGCCCGUAUCAUUUAUGUUUGUGUCGGAACACGUUUGUCUGUGGUACAUCUACUCUAUUUUCCUCGGCCUUGGUUUUGUUAAUAAAGUUUAUUGAAAAAAAAAUGAAAAGCGACAAAACCCUUCCUUGUGUGGAAACUCGAAGGGCUGUUGUUUCCGCGGCAACGCGGCCUGGUAUAGGAAGCGGGAAGCUGCAGCGCUGUGACUUGGAAUCGAUCAAUCCUCCACGAGAAGAAAGAAGAAGCAGGAAGAGGAUUUCUCCAUGGUGCUAUCUGAAAGAACCCCAGGCUGGUGCAGUUUUCUGCUGAUAGGAGCAUCAGGGUUUCAGCUGUUAAAAAAUGUCAGACUACGAGGAAGGAGAAAGAGGGAGGGCUCCUGGGGCAGAAGAACAUGCUGCUGAAUCAAUGGCUGCUGACAUGGACCCAUGGAUUAUUUUUGAUGCUAGGAAAACCCCAAGAGCUGAGUUUAAUGAGUGGCUGGAAACGUAUCGCCCUUCCCGAGUCUCCCGUUUUGGAAACCCCGAGGAAGGAGCAAGUCCAGUGGGAUGGAUAGCGGUAUAUGGUCCAGGAUAUUGCCCACAAGUGGAGGGUGGCAAGGAACUUCAAGAUGCUUGGGACAAACUGCAAAGUACAGCGCGUAAAAUAAACUAUGAGCUUAUAAAAGAGCUUGCUCUAAACUAUAGCGUGACUUCUGGGAAAUGGCUUAUGCAUCUUGACACUGGUUUCAAAGUGGAUUAUGCCUGGAGUAGCAUAGCCAAAGCAGUGGUUGAGGGGCAGCUCGGUAUCGCCAAAGUGAGCCCCUACCAGGCCGACAAUAAGCAUGUUAUUUGUGUAUACACACAAGACUUCACCGAUGAAGAAAGCAUCAUGCAAACCGACGCAAUCAUUCGCAACUCUGGCGUAAAGUGUCUUCUCGCAUACAAACCAGAUGUUUAUACCUAUUUAGGAAUCUACAGGAAUAAUCACUGGCAAAUUUGCCCAACAAUCUAUGAGAGUCGAUUUGAUUUGGAGUGCAUUCCUCGCAGGUCCAGAGUCACCAACAAAGUUACCAACAUAGAGGUUACUUAAAGAUCUUCUUCAUGACAACAUUUAAUUCAGCAGCAACUGUAAUUUUUUUUUUUAAAGAAAAGUUCUAUAUGUAUUAUAAACAUUAUAGUUAUUCAUGUCUUGAUCUUUUGGACUUUUCAUUUUCAUGUUCCAUCAUUGAACGACCAAAAUGAAGUCUACCCAGCAUUUUUUUUUAUUUGUUGCACAUGCAUAUGUGUUUAUAAUAAAAUAUUAUGGCUGAA